CAAUUAGCAACUCUUGGCGCUCCUGAUAGUGGCUGCAAGUGAUGAAGAAUUUGCUGGUGCCGCUUAACGGCGCCAGUGGCGAGCCAAGCAACAACUGCAAUUUUCACAAAGAUGCGCUGCUUGGUUUUGCAAUCGAGCUGCCCGAUGAGCAGCUGGACAGCGCUGUUAUCCAGCUGCAGGCCGCGGCAGCUGAGCAAAAGCACAACAAUAACAACAGCAACAGCAAUAAUAAUAAUAACAGCAGCAGCAACAACAACAGCAUCGACAACAAUCAUAAUAAUCAUAAUAACAGUAAUAGCGGCGACUACCAUCAGUCGCUGCUGAACUGCGUUGACUUUUUGCCAUCUGCUGUGGCGCCGCCACAUCUAACCGAAUGCUAUCAGUUUGAUGCAGAUGCCGCUGCUUCGGAGCUGGUAAACGUGGCCAACAAGGACUGCGACUCAUUGGCCAAACUAGCCUACAAUCUAUACCGCCUGGCCAAAGAGGAUCACAUUGUGAUUGAUCGCAAGCGCAACGAGGUCGUGCGCACGGAUGCCGUUACCCACCAGAAGACCAUCUAUCGCUGCAUGGAUCCCGUAGGCAUGGGCAUGCAACCACUUCAGAGCAGUCGUUCAGCAGCGAUGACAACGUCUUUAAAAGUGAACCGUUCGCGCAAACGCACGGCGCCAGCAGGCAAAGCCGUCCCGACAAAGGCGCCAUUGUCCAUUGCAGCGCCAAGCGAUACUGCGAACAAAGCCACGAAUGAGCCGAUCCCUGCCUCAGAUGCGGAUACUAUGCUGCGGACGCGUUCCGGACGCAUUAUACGCGCCGCCUUGCCACAGCCGGCCACAGCAGCGCCAAAUUCGGCGCAGAUGUUGCAGCUGCUUGUAACAGAGCUGAGGGACAAAGACUAUCGUGCACCGGCAAUAGCUGCUGAGCCAGAAGAGCCGCCAGCCGUUGAGGUGGUGGUGCAAAGGGAGCGCGCUGUGCCGCCAAACGCAAUCUGUCCGGGCUGCAGCAAGAUUUUUUUGGGCCGUCGCUUGCAGCGUCACUACGUCAAGUACCCAGAGCAUAUGCCCAGCGCCAUCGCCGCUCGACAGCAGCAAGAGCAGCAACAGCAACAGGAACACGCGCAACCAACACAACAGCAGCAUCAGCAAUUGGCCCAAAGCUAUGUGCCGACACUGUUUGGACUGUUGACGGCUCAGCUGCAGCGAUACGGACAUCUGAGCGAGGAGCAGCGCGCCGAUCUUUUUCUGCAUGAGUUGAAUGAUUUUGUGGAGCAGCUGCAUCUGCGUAGCACGCGACUCAUACGCAACACAUCCGGUCUGCAUUUUGUGAAUGCACGCAUUGCACGCGUGCUGGGCAUACCCGAGGGUCAGUAUGCGCUGGACAUGUCGGCAAUGGAAUCGGCGCAGGCGCCCACACCGGAACCGGAAUUGCAACAACUGUUGCAUGCCAGCACUGUGCCAAGUGCACGCAAUCUGGUCGAUUAUCCGGGCUUGAGCAUGUCCCUCGACGACACGCUGACCGAUGAAGCUGCUCAACGUUUAAAUCUGUCCGCUGGCGGCAAGUUGCUGCCACCAUCCGAGGAGAGCCUGUUGCGCAACGUUGGCGAUCUUAUGCAGCCACCGGUGGCAGUGGCGCCGCCCAACGUUGGCCAUGUGGCGGGCGCAAUGCUGCCACAUUACGAUCAUGCCAGCGACAAUGCCGUCGAGGCGCUCAGCAUGAAGGAGACGCCCAAUGCGGCUAUUUUGGAUCUCAAUGUUGAUUUCUUCCAAUUUAACAACAACUAGAUAAUUAUACACACACACACACAUACACACACACACUCACACUCCCACACGCACACAUUUUAAAACAA